GGCCCUCCGAACGGACAUGAACAGCCACCCAAACCGUUCUGGUCUCUACACGGUCACUGUUUUCUUUUUAUCCCGUCUUUUUUUCUCCAUUAUUUCCCUCGCUUCACAGAGCCGAACCCUCGACGUCGAGUGUGGAAAAUGGACGCGAAAACGACACCGGCGGCAGAAAAGUUCCCUGAAGAACUUUAUGGCUUCGAAGUUGUUUUUCACAGACGAGAAGAUGCCAGUCAAGCGCAUUGUCCUGAACGCCAGGAGUCUGCUCGCAUUGGAGAAGAGGAGGAGGAAGAGUCGCAAUUCAUCAAGAAGGAGGAGGAAGAAUUCGUCCACAUUAAAGAUGAGUGGGAUGAGUAUUUCAUAAGAGUUGAGAACCCCUACAUUGAGGAGCAGCAACAACCUAAUGUCCUCAAAAUGGAGGAGGACCCUCCAUAUGUUAAAGUGGAGGUGGUUGACAUCCCCAAGUGGUCUGGUGAGCCCUUAAAGUGUUGUGGUCCGAGUGAGGCCAACAGAGAGGCUGAGCCUCCUAGUGGCAGCAGCAGCAGUUCAACAGAAAGAUCCGAGGCAGACAUCCUCUUUGCUCAACCAUCGGAUAGCGACGACGCCACAUCGCACUCGCUGUUCUGUUUCAGAAAAAGUCUUGGUCCUCAGCAGCAGGAGUCAGAGUCUCCUGGCAUGAAAGAGGAAGUUGAGCACCUGCAAAGGAAACAGGAACAGCCAGAGCACCUUCAACAGCAAAAGAGAGAAGCGCAACUUCCGAUCACAAACGAGGAGGAGAAGCUGCCGCUAUAUGUUAAAGAGGAGCAUGAAUUCACCACGUUGACUGGUGAGUCCUUGAAGAGUCAAGAGGGUCUGAGUGAGACCAGCAGAGGGGUGGAGCCUCCAAGCGGCAGCAGCUCAACAGAUGGAUUGAAAAUGGACAAUUUCAUCGCUCCACUAUCAGAUGGCGAAGGCGCCAUGUCACACUCACCUUACAGUGAUGAUAAAGGUCAUAAGAAAGCUCAGAGUGACGACAACCUCAAUAUAUGCUCUCAGUGUGGGAAAACCUUUCGUGACAAGUACACUUGUCAUAGGCAUAUAAGGAGCCACACAGGAGAAAACCCUUUUUCCUGCUCAGUUUGUGGUCAGUGGUUCACUCAAAAGCAAACCUUACAAAUACACGAAAGAACUCACACCGGAGAAAAACCUUUCUCCUGUUCAGUUUGUGCUCAAAGAUUCAAUCGCAAAAGCACCUUAAAAACACACACAAGAACACAUACUGGUGAGAAACCAUUUAUCUGCUCAGUUUGUGGUCACAAGUUUAAAGAAACAAAACACUUAAAAGCACACACAAGAACCCACACUGGAGAAAAACCUUUUUCCUGUUCAGUUUGUGGCCAAAGAUUCUCUUUCAAGGAAAACCUAACAAAACACACAAGAUCCCACACUGGAGAAAAACCUUAUUCCUGCUCCAUUUGUGGCCAAAGAUUCGCUCAGACGCAACACUUAAAACGACACACUAGAACCCACACUGGAGAAAGACCUUUUCCCUGCUCAAUUUGUGGCCAAAGAUUCUCUUUAAAGGGAAACCUAGCAAAACACACAAGAAUCCACACUGAAGAAAAACCUUUUUCCUGCUCAGUUUGUGGUCGUGUAUUCGCUCAAAAGCAAAGCUUACAAAUACACGAAAGAACCCACACAGGAGAAAAACCUUUCUCCUGUUCAGUUUGUGCUCAAAGAUUCCAUCGCAAGAGGUCCUCAGAAACACACACAAGAACACACACUGGUGAAAAACAUUUUACCUGCUUAGUCUGUGGUCAAAUAUUCACUCAAAAGGAAAACUUGAAAAUACACACGAGAACCCACACUGGGGAAAAACCCUUUCCCUGCUCCGUUUGUGGCCAGAGAUUCUCUUUAAAGGGAAACCUAGCAAAACACACAAGAAUCCACACUGGAGAAAAACCUUUUUCUUGCUCAGUUUGUGGUCAUGGAUUCACUCAAAAAGAAACCUUAAAAAGGCACGAAAGAACCCACACUGGAGAAAAACUUUUUUCCUGCUCAGUUUGUGGUCAAGGAUUCAAUCGCAAGAGAUCCUUAAAAACACACACAAUAACACACACUGGCGUGAAACCUUUUUCCUGCUCAGUUUGUGGUCAAGGAUUCACUCAAAAGGGAAACUUGAAAUUACACACAAGAACCCACACAAAAGAAAAACCUUUUUCCUGCUCCGUUUGUGGCCACAGAUUCUCCUUAAAGGGAAACCUAACACGACACACAAGAACCCACACUUCUGACAAACCCUUUUCUGCUCCAUUUGUGGCCAAGGGCUCACUCAAAGACAACAGGUAAAAAGACACAUGCUGGAGAAAAAAUGUUUUCCUUUUAAAGAGUAUGUCAUGCCCUGGGAAAAUGUUAAUAUUCCAUCAUUUAUCCAUAAACGCAUGCCUUUUGUAUUCAUAUCAUGCCACUUAGUGUAAUUACACACAAGAAAAUGAGAGAAAUUUGGCUCGAUUGUCAAGCUAAAACGACCGACGCCCGAGAUCUGGCAGAUUGUGUGUGUGACGUCAUUUCAAGUGAAGAGAGUGCCACCGGCCACUUCUUCAACAAGAAAAAAGGCUCAGUGCUUUAAUACUGAAUGGCGGCGAUGAUGGCAGACAAUUUCGUUUCUAGUUUCAGCGACGAAUCCGACGUAGAAGGACGUAACGAAUGUUCAUCUAAUGGUGACGAGGAGAGUUACGAAGCUUUAAUUGGUGUUUUAGGUUACCAAUUUGAGCCCAAACGAACGCCAAUGCAGCGUAAUGAAACUGUCAUUGAGGGGAGCAAUGACACUGAUGAAACAUCGGCAGCAGAUCGUGUGGGAAACAACGAAUGAUAUUUUUUGCAUUUCUUUUUGUGAAGCUGAUACACCGUGACCGCAAAAUAAAGUAAUGUAUAGAAUAAUUAUCAUUUAUUGCGCUAUCAUAGUUUUUCGCUCUGCCAACAGACACAAAUAUGAUUUCAAAUAUUCUAUAUUUUUUACGAGCGAUAAUUUAUACAUGUGUCCAGUCCUGUAUCCAAUGCGUGAUAUUUUUUUUAUUAUAAAAGAGUACUCACUCUGGCCAUUUCGAGCUUGGCUGCUCCCCUCCUUUGCUUAGCCUUAGCCUCCUUUGCCAGUCAUCGUCCUCUUUCUUGAUAUCUCGGGACAUUUAGGUAGCUGGUGUAUGGUGGGCACCGCAUCUGCUUUGAGCAGCAAUCUUGCAGCAAAACCCGAUUUCACUUGUCCAUAGUUCGAGAAGCUUUCAGGUGGAAAAUAACAGAAAACCGUGCCAGAGGCUGGGUCUAGAAAAUUAGCCCUCUUUGCACAGACGAACUUUACCCAUUGUCUGCGUAGUCCAGCUUUUUUUUUUCGCGUUCGGGAACUCAUGGAUACUAUAUUCCGAUAAAUAGCUAUUUGUACACCACAUAGCACAGAAGUUUUGAACCAUUUUAGUGAUGUUUUGGUCAAACAAACCCGAACGGGACUCUCUCGUCGAUAAAAAACAAUGGCACCUGGCUCCGCCUUGACUGUCAAUCACUUGGUGUGACGUCGCCGCCCCAUUUGGCUGUUUCCGGAACACUUUCGGAAAUGUUCGUCAUUUCCGAUCUAUUUUCGAUAAUUGCUCAUUAAUGUGAUUGAUUUUUUUGUUAACUUUAUCAGUAUUUGUUAUCUUGGCACAUAACGGUUCUAUUGAUGUCUCACACCCCCUUUGCCGUUACAUACCCUUUAAGUGUUCGGUCAGCAGUUCAAUCAGAAGAAUCAGGUUAAGUUGGUGUGAGAAGCAGUGGCCAAAGACUUAAAUUUUGUCACAAUCCAUGCUGGCUUCAUCAGCUCAAAACCUUUUGAGGAUUUGCAGUUUUUGGUGCCAUACAUGUGCUUUGUUGUGUACUUGUGUGAAGUUUUUUCAUAUUUUCAAAAGAACUGGCUCAUCUGAUUUAGAAUGAUAUGAAUUUAGAUUAAAUGAGGUUGCAUGAUUCUUGGCCAGGACGAUCUGGCAAAAAAAAAAAAGAUUUUUUUUUUCUCAUAUUCUUCGAUCCAUCUUUUCACAAUAUUGUUUACUUGGUUUCUUCAGGUCUAGUUUUAUAUAAUCUGCAAUGAAACCUAGACUGUAGUUAAACAUUCUCAACACGGGCUUUUCCCUUCAGGGAUCACCACAACGAAGCAGUUGUCUCCAUCUAAUCUCAUAAUUAGUGUAAAAUCGGAAUACUCUACCUUUUGGAAUCUCCACAUCUCACAGGUCUUAUAAAAACUUAUCAAUAAAUAAUGUAAUAAAAUAUAUGUAGGGAAAUAUAUAUGGAAACUUAUGUCAUUAUUUUCAUAAUUACAUCAAUAUUGCACACACUCCAAGACGCCACCAGGCCGCCGACUCGAUCCCGUAUUGAUAGAAUAAGGAGAAGACCUGGAUGGAACUCCAUGGAACUUGCUAAGGCCCCAUUCAGCCUUAAAUCCCCACAGUCCCAGACGCCACUUCACCGCCAAAUUAGUUGGGACCCCUUGGAAUUAUGAUUUUAUGUUUUUUCUAUAUUGCUUUCUGUGUUUCUUUGAGUUGAACAGAUUACAGCACAGAAGAGGGUGGUGUCAGUGUUUCAUAUAGUAUUAGAUAUAGAUGAUAGAGGUUUGAUUUAUUUUGUUUUCUGAAUUGAAUUUUUGACGACUGGGCGCUGCGUUAAGGAUUGUGAAUAUUGAACUCUUCAAAACACAUUGAGACAAAGGAUUUGUUUCGAACUGAGCCAUGGAAAAUCGACAUAAGAGUUUCCCAUUUUCAUGGACUGAACCCUUUUCCCGAGGAAAAAGCUAUGGGCUCAACCCUUAUGACACUAAGAUUACAGCAAUAUUGACUUUAGGCUCUGGGAUUUUGGGAAUUCGUGUGGGCUCACCCUUUGGAAAUUUAGAAAGUGUUCUGCUUUCUGGACUCGGAUGUUAUGGUUUGUU